GGUUAUAAAUAGUAGUAGAAGCAGUAGUAACAAAAGUAGUGGUAGUUUAUGUUUGUUCAAUCAAAUCUCAUGGAGCCUGUAAGCUAACACGGUGCUCUCCCAGCCAGGCUGCUGUUGAUUGGUCCAGGGACGGGCCUGCUCUGUAGCAGCUGCCGUCAUCCUAUCAAACGUGCUGGGGAUGCUGACUGUAGCUGAUCCCUCUGUCCUCUCCUGCUGAUGGACUGCGGUCUGCACGGGCUCUGUUUGGACACAUCAGACGGAUGGAUGCUGAGGAUCCGAGGCUGAGAUGAGAUAAGCGUCCUCUGUCUCCGCCGAGCUGCUGCAACGCCGAGCACGCAGGAAAGACGUUGUCACUUCGGAGCACCGGGAUACAAGGAUUUAACAUUUUAUUCCACCAGCGAGCUGCUAUUGGAAAGACUCGUCUCCUCUUUGCACAUAACCGCCACUUCGAUAAUGGUCCCGACGCUGCUCUCCAGAGGUGAUGUGAGCUGAACUGGCGGGGAAGCCGCAGAGGAGCUGUCCGUCUGUCGAGGUGCGGAUGCGGCUGUGACAGAAGCGAGCAUGGCUGCCGGGAAGUUACUGCUCUACGCCGGGCUCUCUCUUUCUCUCUGCGCCCUGGGCAUGCUGGCCGUGGCGAUGUGCUCCGACCACUGGUACGAGACUGACGCCAGGAGGUACAGGGAGCGGUGCCGAAGCUUUUCCAGCCGCCGCAAGGACCCGGGCUUCAUCUACAUCCCCAACAACAGCCUGCCGCUGCGGGCCAGCCGGAGCAGCCUUCCCCGCUGGGAGGAGAAGCUGCUGCUGGCCCGGAACCGGCGGCAGCUGUUCGCCAUGAGCGCCGCGGAUGAGUGCAGCAGGCAGUAUAACUCAACCAACAUGGGGCUGUGGAGGAAAUGCCAUCGGCUGGGCUUCGACCAAGAAAUCGAAGACCUGAUCCGGAAAGGUUCCAUUGCAAGGUGCUCCUACAUCAAGUAUCACUACUCCUCGGCUACGAUACCCAAAAACCUCUCCUUCAACAUCACCAAGACAAUAAGGCAGGAUGAGUGGCACUCCCUCCACUUGCGGCGGAUGACAGCAGGUUUCAUGGGCAUGGCCGUGGCCAUCAUCCUGUUCGGCUGGAUCAUUGGCGUGCUCGGCUGCUGCUGGGACAGAGGCCUGAUGCAGUAUGUGGCUGGCCUCCUCUUUCUAAUGGGAGGAACCUUCUGCAUCAUCUCCCUCUGCACCUGUGUUGCCGGCAUCAACUUCGAGCUCUCCCGUUACCCGCGGUACCUGUACGGCCUGCCUGACGACAUCGGCCAUGGCUACGGCUGGUCCAUGUUCUGCGCCUGGGGCGGCCUUGGCCUCACCCUCAUCGCUGGCUUCUUCUGCACCCUGGCUCCCUCUGUCCAGCCAAUACCCCGAUCCACCUGCCCCAAGUCCCGACAGGAGAACGGCACCGUGUGCUAAAGCCGGCAGCCGUCAGACGACCAACUGAACCCACAGAUUGACAACAAACAAACCAUGUCUUCAUACGUCAUACUCAUCUCCAGUGUCUCCUGGUUACAGAUUUCUUUUUUAUUUGUGCGUGUGUUUAAAAAUGGGUGUCUUGAUGAUUUGCUAUCUUGAAAAUAACAGAAAAAAAACGGAAGAACUACAGAAAUAUUAUCAAAAAAAUUGAAGUUGUGCUUGUUUUGUUGUUGUGGAGCAGAUGCUGAAAUGGACCAUGACUAAGAAAGGUUUCUAAGGAAAUACAUGGAGACACUGAAAGACUACAUUUUGGAUUGGUUAUAGCAAAAGAGGGGCUCCAUACCCCAAAAGGCGAUAGACAAUGGUGUUCAACCUGGAAAUUUCUUCUAUUAACUGGUCUACUGUGAUUGUGGAGAACUCAGUGAAUCGGCAGUAUUGGAGGGAAACAGUUUGAUUGUUAAGAUCAAGUUUCUCAUGGACUUGGCCUCUCGGAGCCCCCGUGGGAUGAUUCACAAGGGAAUGGACCAGACAUGAAACCACAUGACCUGCUAGGCUUGGAUCAUGUUAAGUGGCCAUUUGUUAACUUUCAGUAUUCCAGCCCCUGAGGUCCCUCCGGUUACUCGGGACAUGCUGGCAGUGAGGAGAUCCAGGACCUCCACUGUUGUACAUUAUUGUACAGAAUAUUCCAGAGAAGUGACAACCAGGAACUGUCAUGUUGGACCAUUUUCAUUCUCGUGUAGGUGCAUUUCAUUCCGUCUAAUGAUCCCAUCUGCCAUUUAGCAUUUUAUACAUGCAUUCUUCUUUUAUUCAAAGUGUAUUUUCCUUUUUACUGAGCCCUUCAUGUUGUGAACGAACUGUCGACUGAGUGUGCGUUCAGAGCAAAUGUUGUGUUUGUUUGACUUUUUCCAUUCUAGUCAUAGAGGUAAAUGUGUGUGUAUGAGUGUGUGUAUGCGUGGGGACGGGUUGUUUUGCAGUCUCCAUAGAAAAAAGUCGUAAAACAUUACCAUAAUGACAAAGUGGAGCCCUGCCUUGAGGAUGUAUAAAGGCAGGAGCUUUGAUGAACAGAGAGACAUAAUGGAGAGAUGUAGUAUCCUGUUUAACCUGACUGACUUCUGCCUCGUCAUCUUUUCUGGAGAUUCCCAGCAGACGUGGCAGAUGAAGAAGAGUUUUUUUUAAAGGGGGUAGCAUGUUCAGCUCUGUUCUCUGCUGCCCUGAGCAGCGAUGGAAGGCUUAAGUAAUUGCAUCUGAUGAGAACACGCUCCGACUUCUCUUCCUGGGAUUCUGUGAAGCUCCGCUGCUUCUCCUCCAGCUCUUAUUUUUCUUUCACCAUCAGCCAAGACCUGGCAGGGCUUCCUGCAGGGCCUCCUCUCUCUGAGAGGAGGGUAAACAGUACAGUAUCAAAGUACAGGGUUAAAAAGGGGUCACCUUACUCAGUCAAAACAUGUCUAGACUGAAGAAGAAAAGCUAAAUGUUCUGUAUUUGCUAGAUUCCUCGAGGCUGCCAAUCGUAAGUCAGAACUCAAAAUACACACUGGCAUGGACUUGAAUAUUUCUAUGCACAUUAAGGAUGAUGAUCAUGUUGCAAUAAAUAGGCCAUUUAAACUCUCACCAGGACCAAUUAUAGCAGCUAGUUGUGCAGGCGUUGACAGAAGGCACAGAUAUGGACAUCCAGUCAUCCAACAAUGCAAAACAACAAAGGUAGUGAGACCAUAGUCAGCGUUAUCUUCCAUUGGAAACAUCCACGGAAAAACACAAUUCGAAAACAAACCCUGAACUGUGAUCUGUCUAAGAAUAAUUUUGGCUAAUUACAACUCGGGUCUUAUUUUACAGGCUCUUAUGUCAGCAUAUAAAAACCUGGAUAUUCUUGGAUAUUCUACCUAUAGUACACCAAUACUGGGAAACUGUGGCUUGUAUCCUGGUUUAAUUUAGGGAUGUUUUUUGGAUCUGGGGACCGGCAAACAGGUCAACACCAGUCUAGCAGACCAGUGAGGUGUGGGAGUGACAGAUAUGGUUAACCUACUGUAGGUUUAAUAUAUACUUGUUUAAAAUAAUGGAUACAGUGACCAGGAUGUCAACCAUUGGUUUGUGGACUACCAUUUUGAAGGCUCAAGUUUGGCAUUUUGUCCGUCACCAUCUUGGAUUUUUGGAGCCAGAAGUGACCAUAUUUAGAGGACAGGGUGAAGCUAACCAUAAAGCUAGCUUGGUAAGAAUGGUUUCAUUAUAGCUAUGGUUUAUUGCAAUAAUGCUAAUGCUGUUGCUAAUUUUUGCUAGUGAAAAACAGGCUUAAAACCAUUAAAUGAAAAUAUACUUACGAAAAAACAUAGCUUAGCGACUCCUUAGAAGGUCUUUUAAUACGACCAAACACUGAACAAGAUUUAUUUAGGUGACCAAAACAAGAACAACAUGAACUGAAAACACACUGAAAUAGCGACAGCUACGAUUACACCUUUACUCUGUGGAGCUGGAGUUAUGGCAUAGUUAUGUAACCUAUCAACAUUGUCAGCCUGAUAGCGACAUGUCAGCAACCCACCUGUCACUCAAAGUGGUCAUUCCCCUAAUAAUGCAUAACUGUAAGCCUCAAUAACAUUUGAACGGGAGGGUUUAAGAGAAAAUUCAGCUCCCCUUGCAGUUGUCAUGUACUUGAAAUUAGCUCCAAAGACCAGACACAUUUAUUUGUACUAGGCUGUAAACAUGUUUAUUUCUGCUGUAAAGUUGGCCAUUUUAACAUUGUGGUCUAUGGAGACUGACUCGCUUUUGGAGCCAGCCUCAAGUGGCCAUUCGAUGAACUGCAGUUUUUGGCACUUCCACGUUGGCUUUAUUUUUUCAGCCCCAGAGGAUGCCCCUUGAUGUUUUUAUGUUUUAGCCUGUGUUCAGCAAAACACUGCCUUCAUUUUAAAUUAAGACAAAUUUAUAUGAUUUCUCAUCAAGAUUUAGUCCAGAGGACGGUGCUUUAGCUGCUAGUAUGCUUCAUCAGAUGAUCAGACAGCUUCAGAAACCCACUCCCCCCAUACCCCUCCUAUGUUACGCUCUUUAGCCCCUCUCCAGUGGCUCCCUGUGGCUUUGACAAAAAAUCUUAUGGAAAUGAAUAACCAUUAUUUUGUAACAUUUUAAUUUUCACUUAUUGUUGGUAGGCCUAAAGGGAUUCUUAAAUUCUCCAGGUGUAAAGCUGGUAGCCAUACACCAAAUUAAAAAAGUGUGUUAACAUUCAUCAACUAAAAUGUGUGUCAUGUUUCUACAGCCUGGUGCCCUUUCCAAAGCAUCAAAUAAUCAUAAAUAACCUAAAAUCUUGUAGUAAAACAAAUUAAUGAAUAGUCGCUGAGAUAUUUAUAAUGUUGAUAGGCUAAUUUAGUUACCUUAAUUACAAUGCUCAAUUAUGCUUUGUGGCUCUGUACAAUUUUUGGGGGGAGGUGGGGAGCGAAAAUACCUGUAUAACAGUAAAGGUCCCCGACCUAGAGAAAACAAACAAAACUUAAAUAAAAUCAAAUGUAUUCUACAGACUACAGAUGAAAAAUGUCCUUUAGAGCUACCUUGUAAUGUCCUCUAAAUCUUAAAAAACAACAAUGACAAAAUAAAUACUUUAACUUUAAAAUUAAGCCUCAAAUUAAAGUGUUUGUGAGGCAAUGCAAUACAUCUGUAGAUACUGUCUAUGUGAUAAUAUCUUUACGCCCCAGUAGCCAACACUACUUGAACUGGCACUGGUUUAUAUCUGCAUUAACUGUUGGCUUGUUUGAAACCUGUCUGAUCCUCUCACUGUUUCUUGACUCAUAUGACCGUCACUGUCUUCCCACAUGAAUAGAAUUUAAUCAUGAACUGAUGGCUUAAGCGAAACAAAUAAGACCCAAGUUGUAUCAAACCAGAGUUAACCUUUAAUAACUGAAACUCCCCGAUUAUCGGCUGCUCCCGUGCAACACACACUGGUGCCCUUGUGGGCAGUUACAUCCCAUACCAUACAUAUUAAUCAACAUCUGGCUCUGUAAAGGUGGUCGCUGUAGAAUUGGCUGUAUGCACAGAUAUCUCAGAGGUAGAAAUUUUGUGGUUUUCAAUUUAUUCAGUAACAUUAGAGAUAAAAAAUAAAGUAGUUUUUUGUCUCCAAAUUGAAUUGAUGGUGACACUGUUGUGUUUGUGGGGUCUAAGGAAAAAUCUACUGGGGGAGUUGGAGGGAGAUUGGAGCCGAGUGUUUCAGUGACAGCUGCUAUGUGGGUUAACGUAUUUGUCACAGCUUCUUCAGUUAUUAACAGCCCCUUCAAAGGGUUCAGUGAAAACCACUCACCCUCCCGUACUGAGCUACACCCCAGCUAGAGAACAGGGUAAUGAGAUAUGACAGUCAGUGUUUUUAAUAAUAAUGUCAUUGUUAUCUGGAGACAUCAAACAUGGUUUUCUGGUGAUCAGAGAUAUCAUUUCCUCAUUAUAUGGGGAUAAUCAUGUUUUAUUCAAGUCAGUUUCAUCAUGGAGCCGUUCCUCCGAGAGGCUUCUCAGACCAGAGCGGAGCAUCUGUGACAGAUCAUAAACUGUGUAGACGGGCCAACACAUAUUCUUAUAAUAACAUUAUCCUACAUAAUGAAAUAAUAAAGUCAUCAUCGUAAAUUAACCGUUUCAAAGCCCUUUGCUGAGAUAAUGAAAUAUCGAACCAUUAUAUCUGAUAACGGUCUCGUAAGGUAAAGAUUAGCAUCACACAAAAAUCAAAAGAAAAUUAGAUAAUUAAGUUGCAAUCUCAACAUAAUGGACCAAAAAAAAAAAGAUCAGCAACCACUGCUGGUCGUUAAUCCAUAUGAGUCAUAGGUCGUCUUACAGGUUCAAUGAGGCCAGAGUCUUUCUUUGCCAUCAGGGUAUAUUCUUUCAAUAAGAGAAGGUCCCGUGGACACAAGCUGAUAAUGCAAUUGAGCAUGAAAUUACUUUAACUCUACUGGACUUCAAGAGCUGUGCUGCUUAAACCUUCCUCAGAAGAGUACUGCACACACACACAUAUACACACACACACGGAUAGUAACAAUAUGAGGAGAAGUCGGGUGUUUGGAGCGAGGGAGGAGUUAUGAAGUAAGAUAAUGUUCCUUAACAUAAAGUUGUACAUGGGCCCAGCUGAUUAAGGCUUAGCCUAUUGAUCACACCAAAUUUAAGACCGAAUCUUAGUCUGAGAUGUGAACGUCAUACGAUAACAGAGGCUUUGGGAAAAAAUAACAUUAUGCGUUUGUCUGAGCUCCACAGUCUGGAUGUGAAAGUGCCAUGUAGUAAUUAAACACUAGCUGGCAUUAUUAGCAAACUUAUGAUUGAUUCUAAAUCAUCAUAAUCACAGUCCUUGAUUUCUUUCCAUUCUUGAAGCCAGGAAACAGACAGAGAGGGUCUGGUUGUAGUCACAUCAGGAGGAUUAGAUAAAAAAGAAUAUGCGAAAAUGAUUUUAUGGAGCAGAUAUUUGUGGAUUU